CGAGUUAGCCGCGCCACGGCGCCUCUCGCCUCUCUCAUGCUCUCCGUCUGCAACUCAGUUUACGCCACCACGCCACGCUGUAGCACCCCUUUCUUAUUUCUUGUUUGUACUUCUACCGAUUUUGCUGCUUCCUUGAGGUGCAGUCACUGCAGUUCCUUCAGUUCGCAAUUUUGUUGCCAUUUCAGUUUCAGGCGUUGAAGAAUGUCUGCUAUUCAAACUGUAAAGGGCUUGGUUGCUCUCGUCACUGGAGGUGCAUCGGGCCUUGGAAAGGCAACGGCUGCUCGCCUAGUUCAGCAGGGAGCCCGGGUUGCAAUUUUAGAUUUGCCUACUUCCAAAGGAGAAUCUGUUGCAAAGGAGUUGGGAAGUGACUGUAUCUUCACACCUGCAAAUGUGACCUCUGAGGGUGACGUCAAGGAUGCCCUCAGUGCUGUGAAGCAGAGGUUUGACAGGUUAGAUGUUGCUGUUAGCUGCGCUGGAGUUGGUGUGGCAUUUAAGGUGUACAACUUCAACAAAGAUCUGCCUCACCUCCUCGAAGACUUCACGAAAGUUAUCAUGGUAAACACCGUGGGAACAUUCAACGUAGUUCGACUAGCCGUAGGUUUGAUAGGGAAGAACGAGCCUGGUCCUGAUGGAAGACGAGGAGUGGUUAUCAACACCGCCAGCAUAGCCGCCUACGAGGGUCAGAUUGGCCAGGUUGCAUACAGUGCCAGCAAAGGAGGCAUCGUUGGAAUGACGCUACCGCUGGCACGCGACUUAGCACCGCAAGGCAUCCGUUGUGUUGCUAUUGCACCAGGUCUAUUCCACACUCCACUCCUGGAAAGCCUCCCAGAAAAAGUACGCACAUUCCUGGCAGACACCGUGCCCUUCCCAAAACGCCUGGGUAAUCCGGAAGAAUAUGCUCACCUUGUGCAGAGCAUAAUUGAAAAUCCCUUGCUUAAUGGCGAGGUGAUUCGCUUAGAUGGUGCUUUACGCAUGGUGAGCUAGAACAUAUACAUUAAUAAUAUUAAUAAAGUAAGAUAAUGAAGAUCUGUUA